UGCUAAUGCAAUCAAUGACCAUCAUGUCACGGUUAUCUACGGAUCUACCGGUCUUUUCAGCUUCGCCGUGGGGGCGUCCCUACUAAGUACUAGUCACAAUUGAUUAGACUGGUCACCAGUCUAGCAAUUUCGAAUGACCGUAUCAGCCUGGGUUCUGUCCGAUGCGGCUAAAACGCUGAUAGUCCUAGUGACAACCAACCUACAGUGCCCUUUUCUGUGUCCCUCAUGACGUCCACCGAACUCGCUACGGAACGUGCUCUGUAUGUUGGAAAUAUGAUUUCCACAGCUGUUUAUGGAGGAAAUUUAUUCCUAUAUGCCUACUCUACCUACCUGCUUAUGACCUCAAGCAAGCAAGUGCAGCACAGAAUAUUCUACAUAUAUUUUGGAGGCUUUCUUUUGCUUCUUUUGACAAUCAGUACCGCAGGUAAUAUCACCUUCUGCGAACUCAUGUGGAUAGAAAGGCGAAACAACCCUGGUGGCCCCCCUGCAUUUUUUGCUGCAAAUAUGGCCGCUUGGUACAAUGCCUUUGCCACAGCGGCAAUGUGUCUCGCAAAUAUGAUGACAGAUGGACUCUUGCUUUAUCGCUGUUACAUCAUUUGGGGGUCAAGAUUACCAGUAAUUGUCAUCCCUGGAAUUAUCUACCUGGGAUCUACCACUAUGGCUGUCAUGAUGGUGAUUGAGAGUGCCAUGCCCAUGUCAAAUCUAUGGCGGGGCCUUCCCGCACAAUUCGCCAUUUCAUGGAUCGCGCUAACUGUCAGCUUUAACAUCACCGUGACUGCAUUGAUCAUUUCCCGGCUGCUAUACUUUUAUCGUAGAGUACGAUCUUUUCUUAACGACGAACAGAGGAAUAUUUACACGGGCAUUGUGGCAAUUUUGGUGGAGUCUACCCUCCCUUUCACAAUUCUGGGAAUCAUCUCCCUUGCCACCUAUAUCCAAGGUGCCCCAUGUGCGAUGGGGAUAGAAAUAAUCUGGGCAGCCUUCAUGGUUUUGACACCCCAGCUCAUUAUUUUAAGGGUUGCUUCAGGCGUUGCAUGGUCAAAAGACACAGCAUGUAACAUCACUCAACAUGCAACCUUCCCUCAGGACCCUCACAACUCAUUCUAGCAGCAGUACUAUUAGUACAGUAAAAGAAUCUGUAAUAGUAGGGCUCGGGCAUAUGGUACCACGUCCCCGCCAAAGAUUUAUCAUUCGAAUCACAUUGUUUGCAAAAUAUGUUCCACGUUGUCGUUUAACGGUAUUACUCACACAUACUUCAUUACUACUAGUUUAGCGAAUUAAAAAACACUCGAUA